CAAUGCAAUAUGUUUGCAGUUCAAAGAGCCAUUGGUCCUCCAACAUAAGUCAACCUUUCCAUGCAGGUACAUAAACUUCUAGGCACUGCACCGUACAAGAAGAAGUCUAAUUGCUUUUUCCACCCUAAAUCAAGUUGUGGUCUAAGGGACGGAGCGAUUCUGGUGAUCCCCCGCUGGCCCCACCUGCACUGUCGAGCUUCCACCCAGGCUCCAAAGCUCAAGCACCAACAUGUCUUCCACCCCAACACCGUCAACACCAAGCACCCACGUGAAAACCCGCUUCCUCAUACUCUCGGAUACGCACUCCUCCGAGCCCUCCCAAAACACCAACAAUGACGCUCCCUACCGCUCUCCCCUCCCAAAAGCCGACGUCCUCCUGCACUGCGGUGACCUGACAAUGCUCGGCCACUUCGACGAAUACGAACGAACCCUCAACAUGCUAGAAAGUAUUGACGCAGAACUCAAGCUCGUGAUUGCUGGGAACCACGACAUCAGUCUUGACGAGACGUACUACAAGAGAAUGGGACGGCACAUGCAAGGAAAGCGGUUCGAUGCGGAUAUGCCGCGUGGAGCGAGGGAGAUGUGGAUGGGUGAGCGUGCGAGGAAGGCUGGGGUCACGUAUUUGGAGGAAGGUAGGUAUACGUUUAAGUUGGGGAAUGGGGCUAGGUUGGGCGUGUGGGCUAGUCCGUACCAGCCUGAGUUUUGCGACUAUGCGUUCCCGUAUCAGCGCAAUGAGGAUCGAUAUAAUCCUCCGCACCAGUGUUCACCGGGUGCCACGCCUAUCGCUGAGAACCCUGUGCCGGAUUGGCAGGAGAAUGAGGGAAUCGAUGUGAUUAUGACACACGGCCCGCCCAUGGGCAUACUUGAUGCAGUGCAGAAUGGUGAGCAUGUUGGGUGUGAGCAUCUACUCAGAGCUGUGAGGCGGUGUAGACCGAGAUUGCAUUGUUUUGGGCAUAUACAUGAGGGGUGGGGUGCGCAGAGGGUUGAAUGGGCUGAAGGGGAGCAGCUGGACGUCAAGCCUGAGGAGCAUUUCAAGGGUGCUGACGCGAUGGAGGUGGACAGGCAACGGAUGGAGGAUGGGCGAGCGGCAUUCGUGGAUAUCAGUCAUGGUGGGGACAACGCCAUUGCAUUCGGACGAGAGACCUUGAUGGUCAAUGCGAGCAUCAUGUCGGUCACGUACAAGCCGGUGCAGGGCCCGUGGCUGGUGGACAUGGAUCUCGAAAAAGCGCCUGUCAACUGAGCUUGAGGAGCUGUCAACAAGCACCUGUGGCUGGUGGGCAUCGUCCUCACGUCAACGCACCAGAGCCGCCUGUCGGUUGGCAACCGACCUGUGGCUGUGCGAACGGUACUCGGUAAUGGUAUCAAUCAACUGAGGACGGCAGAUCACAGUUAUUCUCGAUGCAGAUACCGCUUUUUUGUUUGCGAAAGCGAGUCUGCCAACCUGGACUGCUUUCCUGACGGCAUUGGGUCCUUCAUUGGACCACAGAAAUAGACUCCCAUCCUCGUUACACGCCAAGUCGUCAUCGCAGCAAUGUGCAACCACUCAAAGCCUGCAAAAA